AUGAGUUUCACUCAUAAGACUGUCUUGCAGCCUGGUAACCUCCAACUCUACGCCCAUCAACGCUCGCCCUCCAUAUCGCCCACACCAACUGUCAGCUCUGGAAUGGACUUGCUUCGGCGCAGAUCUCGAGGAACAGGCUUUGCAGAUGCCGGCGCCCCGUUCCUGCCUCGCAUAACCUGUACCGGGCUCGUGUUCGGCAGUGGUUUUUCCUGA